AUGCCAGGGCCUGAGCUGGCUGGGCCUAUUAAGUGCAAGAUCUAUUCGGCCGGGUCUUUGGCGCAUACUGACUUUGGUUCCUUUGUUCUCUGUUCUGCAGCUGUGACUCCCUUGGAAAUGAACAAUCAAACACAUGUCACAGAAUUCCUCUUCUUGGGAUUUUCCAACCACUCCAACCUACAGGCCAUAUUCUUCCUAGUUUUCCUGGUCAUUUACUUGACAACUCUCCUGGGGAACACACUCAUAAUCAUGGCCACCAGGGCCAUCCCUGCCCUCCACACCCCAAUGUACUAUUUCCUCGGCAACUUGAGCUUCUUGGACAUCUGCUACACCUCCACCACCAUUCCAGUCAUGCUGGUGAACUUCUUCCGGGAGAAGAAGACCAUUUCCUACGAGGGCUGCCUCUCCCAGAUCUUCUUCUUUGUGACAUGUGCUGGCACAGAGGGUGUCUUGUUGGCUGCCAUGGCUUAUGACCGCUAUGUGGCCAUUUGUCGCCCUCUUCAGUAUCGAGUUCUCAUGAGCCUGAAGGUCUGUGUGUGCUUGGUGACCGGGUCCUGGCUGUGUGGCUUGGUGAACUCUGUGACUCACACGGUGCUGGCGACCACACUCACUCUGUGUGGACCCAACCAGAUCAGCCACUUUCUCUGUGACAUCCCCCUGCUCCUGAAGCUCUCCUGCUCAGACACGUCUGUCAAUGAGUCUGUGCUCCACGUGGCCAGCGCCACCAUCGGCCUGAGCCCCUGUCUGUUCACUGCAGGGUCCUACGUGCUCAUCAUCUCGGCCAUCCUUAGGAUUCCCUCUGCGCAGGGGAGGAGCAAGGCCUUCUCUACCUGUGCCUCCCACCUCACUGUGGUGGUGGUCUUUUUUGGAACCGCCAACUUCAACUAUGACAGACCCAGGGAAGGCUACUCCCUGGACAUGGACAUCCUGGUGUCUGUGCUCUUCUGUGUUGUGACCCCCAUGUUGAACCCCAUCAUCUACAGCCUGAGAAACAAGGAGGUGAAGGGUGCUCUGAAGAAGUUUACUAGAAAAAAAUGGGUUCUCUAUUGA